AACUGCGAAGGUGGAUCAAGAAUGUGAUGAUGAUCAUACCCAUCAUAGCACAGUACAUUCUGUUGUACCUGCUUGCGGUGUACACCUUUGGCAGCAUCGGGGUCCAGCUGUGGGCCGGCGACCUCCACCAUCGGUGCUACACGAGCGGCCUGGACCUUGCGUUGAAGCUGAACAUGAGCGAGUACUAUCAGUCCUCUCCUGGUGAGGAUUGUGAGUUCCUCUGCUCGCCGAACCCCAACGGGAUACGCCAGUGUAAGGACAUUCCUCCGCUGCGCCAGAAUGGACAGACCUGCAUGUUGGCCCCGCCCAGUGCAAACUGGUCAUCUGCACUACUGGCCAACAGCAGCGCCUUGACCAACUCAACGGCCUGCGUCAACUGGAAUGUCCUGUAUAACGCGUGUCUUCCGCUGGGCCCAAAUCUGGGGUUUGGAGGCAUCAGCUUUGACAACAUUGGAUAUGGGAUGCUCACCGUGUACCAGGCCACCACACUGGAAGGAUGGACAACCAUCAUGAACUACGUAACAGACGUCUCCUUCUGGGCCAGCUUUGUGAUUUUCUUCAUCCUCGUUGGUAUGAUCUCCUUCCUCGCCAUCAACACGUUCAAGGUGAUAGUCGCCAUUCACUUUGUGAAGGCUGACGAUGAUGAUGAACCUGAACGUGAGAGGGGCUUCUUUGUGG